UGGCCAACAGUGGUGUUUGGCAAAGGAAGGGAGAGGCCCCUUAUGUCACCAGAAGCCCUUGGGCAAGGCACCCCAAGAAGCACCUAAAAGGGACAGCAAGUGGCAGUGGGUCCACGCAGGGGCCAUGGCCGGGGCCUGGAGGGCGCUCGUGCUGGCGGCAGGCUUGGCCGCGAUGGCCUGUGUGGCCCAACGCCAGUGGGGCUUUGAGGAGAGGGUUGUCGCCCAGGCCCUGCAGCUCUUCAACUCCGGGAGACAAGGCCAGCCCCUCUCCCGCUUGCGGGAAGUCCUCCCUGCGCCCAGAUCGAACUCCACCUUCAAGACGCUGGUCAAGUUCAGGGUCAAGGAGACCGUGUGCCUCUCAGAGCGGCAGCAGCAGCCAGAGCCCCAGCAGUGCGCCUUCAGGGACGGUGGGGAAGAGCGGGACUGCACGGCCGCCUCCUUCACGCGGGGCCCUUUGCGCAUCCUGAUGGUCGACUGCAACCCAGGCCCGGAGCGCCAGCAAGAGGGCUUGCGGGAGAAGCGGUCGGCUCCGUCCCCCGAAGGAGCCGCUUCAGAGAUCGACAGCUCCCAGCUGCCCCCUGUGGCCAGGGACUUGUAUGAGAAAGCCAAGUUCGACCUCAUCGCCAACCUCCUGAGGAAUUUCUAGGGCUGGGAAAGAAGGGGAGGCCUGCACCCCCGCCAUGACCUCCCCUUCCCACCCGCCCACGCCCGCCCACGCCCUCGGCGGCCCUCAGCAUCGGCCCUCAGCAUCCCCUUUGCUGAUAGUCCCCCACAGGCCUCUGCUUCCGCACACCUGCUGCCCUCUGCUGGAACGCCUGCCCGCCUGUGUCUAACUCCCACUCACCCUUCAAGGCACAGCUCCAAGGCCACCUCCUCCAGGAAGCCCCCGGCUUGCCCCCAGCAGGUGUCCUUCCCUCCUCAGAGAGUUCAGGACCUCAGACCAUGCCGGCGUGACCUGCUGUGCCCCGGCCAGACGCACCGUGUGUGCUCACAGCUCUACCCACCACACCGGCGGCAGGGGCGGUGGAAUGAGUUUCUUGACCAGGUGCUCCUGGGAGGACAGCUCCUUCAGCUCCUUCUGUGCAUCCCUGCGCUCCCCCCCCCCCCCACCGCCCAGUCCCUUCACAUCUGCAGGCGCUGCCACGGGGUCAGCCCAUCCUCAGGGGAGAGGCUCAAUAAAGCAUUUCUGCAUAAA